GGGGGUAAAAAAAAGCCAGGUUAUAAAGGAAGCAUCCGGUGACUUCUAUGAAACCGUCGUGGACCACACCUUCUUCUUUGAGCCCGUCUCCUGCGAGGUCACCAAUGCGCUGGGCAGCACAAACAUCAGCAGGACUGUGGAUGUCUACUUUGGGCCCAGGAUGGCGACAGAACCACAGUCCCUCCUCGUUGACCUGGGCUCGGAUGCGGUCUUCAACUGUGCCUGGACUGGGAACCCAUCUCUCACCAUCGUCUGGAUGAAGCGAGGCUCGGGCGUGGUCCUGAGCAACGAGAACAAGCUGACCCUGAAGUCCGUCCGCCAGGAAGACGCUGGGAAAUACGUGUGCCGAGCCGUGGUCCCGCGGGUUGGCGCGGGGGAGCGGGAGGUGACGCUCACCGUCAACGGGCCACCCAUCAUCUCCAGCACCCAGACGCAGCACGCCCUGCAUGGCCAGAAGGGGCAGAUCAAGUGCUUCAUCCGCAGCACCCCGCCACCAGACCGAAUUGCUUGGUCCUGGAAGGAGAACGUCCUGGAGUCUGGGACCUCCGGGCGCUACACGGUGGAGACGGUCAGCACGGAUGAGGGCGUCAUCUCCACGCUGACCAUCAGCAACAUUGUCCGGGCCGAUUUCCAAACCAUUUACAACUGCACUGCCUGGAACAGCUUCGGCUCCGACACGGAGAUCAUCCGGCUCAAAGAGCAAGGUACGGAAAUGAAAUCAGGAGCUGGUAUUCAAGCAGAGUCGGUGCCGAUGGCGGUGAUCAUCGGAGUGGCCGUGGGGGCUGGCGUGGCGUUCCUGGUGCUGAUGGCCACCAUCGUCGCCUUCUGCUGCGCCCGCUCCCAGAGGAAUCUGAAAGGUGUGGUUUCUGCCAAGAACGAUAUCCGCGUGGAGAUCGUACACAAGGAGCCGGCCUCGGGCAGGGAGACGGAGGAGCACCCAACCAUCAAGCAGCUGAUG